AUGCAUACCCGCAUCGAAUCCGGAUCCUCAGGAAAACCCGGCAGCGGUACAUCCACCCCUACUCCUUCUUCCGCUCUUCAAGAUACCUCUGCCCCCAAUCCUACUCCUCUCUCUGCCUCUGCCUCUGCCUCUGCCCCCGCCUCUGCCCCCUCUCUUCUACCCCCCUCUUCCUCCUCUCCCUCAAAGGUUCCAGAAAUUGACACCUCCUUAUCUUCUUCCUCCACCACUGUAGCCUCCCGCCCAGCCUCAGAAACCGACACCGACAAGUCCGAUGAUUUCAAACACUUCAGCACCGACGGAAGUUGGGUCCCUUACCAGAUCUUUGCUGCCUUUGUUAUGUUCGCCGGUGCCGCCUUUUGGUAUAUUAAGAAGAGAAAUGCUACCGAUAGGGAAGCUCAAGAGAGUUUGAUGAAGGAUUAUUAG